AUGACUUCUGACAUAAACUAUCUUGUGUUCUUCUCUCUUUUGCUUUUCUUUCCCACUUUGACCAUGGCUAACAUAUCUUUGAGCUCAUCACUAUCUGCCAAUAGCGACAACUCUUCAUGGAAUUCCCCAUCUGGGGACUGUGCUUUUGGUUUCCACCAGCUUAAUAAAACAAACACCUUUCUUCUUGCAAUUUGGUAUGCAAAAAUACCUGAUAAAACAAUUGUUUGGCAUGCAAAUUUGACUAAUCCGAUUCAAAGAGGGUCGAGACUCGAGCUCAGGACGACUGGACUGGUUUGGGAAAGCUUCGAAAAUCCCAUAGACAUCAUUUUGCUAACCCAAGUAUUGGGAUUGGGAGGCAAAUUGUAUUCAAGGCUAAAUGAAGCCAAUUACUCAAAGGGGCAGAAGCUUCAGGGUUUGACUUGGCCAUUUGGAGAUUAUGAUCGCUUGGGACCUUAUAAUCAGACUGAUUGUGAACAGUCUUGCUUGCAUGAUUGUUUGUGUGCUGCUGCCAUAUUUGAUGGCUUAAAUUCAAUAUGUUGGAAGAAGAAACUGCCACUUGCUAACGGACGAUUCCAGCGUGGAUCACUGGUUCUCAUCAAAGUAAGGAGAGAUGUUUCUAGCGUCCCAGGCAUGCCCAAUAUUCCGUCAAAUCGUUCUGGUAACACCAAGACAGAGAAGCAUUUUCUCUUAGGAUCACUGGGAAGUUCCAUGUUCUUCAAUUUUCUUUUGCUAGUUUUGAUUGCUCGAAUCAUUUUAUUUAGGCGCAAGAAGAAAAGGCCUGCAAAAGAUCCAGCAGCAAUUGAGCCAAAUCUACGCUUAUUUAGUUUCAGAGAACUCAAAGAAGCAAUAGAUGGGUUCAAGGAUGAGCUAGGAAGAAGUUAUUCUGGCUGUGUUUAUAAAGGCANAGUUUCAGAGAACUCAAAGAAGCAAUAG